AUGCCUCGUCUCGCAUCGAGCUCGCGGUACGGCCGCGUCUCGAGCACGGGGUACCGCGGCGUCUGCACGCGCCCCAAAGGUACGUAUUACGCGGAGAUACGUGACGGCGACGAGCGCAACAGCCUUGGCACCUACGAGACCGCGCACGAGGCCGCGCGCGCGUACGACGCCGUGGCGUGGCGGCUCGGGCGCCCGCGAUCGUCGAUGAAUUUCCACGACGUGUGGACACGCCAGCAGGCCGAGGAUCUCGCGCCGCCACCGUACAUCGUCAGACAGGAGGAACAGCGCCGCCGCCGUGAGACGGAGCGCCGUCUGCGCAUCGCCGAGCGAGACGAACGCGCGGCGCACGAGUGGGCGGCCCGCUUCCCCGAGGACGUCGCCGCCGAGAACGAGCACUUCCGCAGACGGAGGGUGGAGAAGGCGAUGAGGCGGGCUGCGAAGAAGGAGGACCGCGCACAACGGAGGGCGGAGAAGGCGAUGAAGUGGGCCUUCAUCGAAGCGCUGCUCGCCGGGCCGACCACCAUUGGCGACGACGACCCCCGUUGGCUUGACCUCUUCUAG